AUGGCCUCUCCGCCGACGCUGCCGAUCUCGACCUCCCAAUCCGACACCACGGCGGCGCCGAUAUCCAGUCACGCCUUCCGAUCCUUCCUCUCCCACCUAUCCGGGACCAUCCGCCACGGCUUCUCCCAGCGCCGUCCCUGGUACGAACUCCUUGAUCGCUCUUCCUUUGCCCGCCCUGACUCCUUAUCCGAAGCCGCCUCCCGCAUCCGCAAGAACUCAUCCUACUUUCGCGUCAAUUACAUUUCUCUAAUCGCCCUUUCACUUGCAUUAUCCCUUCUCUCCCACCCGUUUUCGUUAUUUGUCCUCUUUGCGCUACUUGGCGCGUGGCUUUUCCUUUACUUAUUCCGUCCUUCGGAUCAGCCACUUGUUAUCGCGGGACGCACAUUUUCGCCUCGUGAGAUUUUGGGGAUUUUGGUGGUUUCUACUGUAGUUGUGGUGUUCCUUACAAGCGUUGGAUCGCUGCUCAUCUCAGCUUUGCUUGUCGGCUUGGCCGUUGUUUGUACACAUGGUGCAUUCCGCGUUCCCGAGGAUUUGUUCCUGGACGAUUCGGAGCCGGCUAAUGCUGGGUUUCUUUCCUUCCUAGGUGGCGCAGCGUCUGCCGCGGCUGCAGCUGCACCAUCAGUUGCCGCGCGUGUGUAA